GAGCCUAUCUGUAGCUAUAGCACAAUUAACGUUGUCUUUUAUUUCUUCAUUGUAGUUUGACGUUUAACUAGUUUAAUCUAGGACUAUAGACAAUACUUCCUAUUAAAUCACGACCAUUGUGAUAUUUCCUAGGUAGGAUGCCAAAAUUCAUCCGAUUGCCCCACCCGUGAUCAAUGCAUUGAUAAACUCAUUUGAAAGUCAAGAAAGAUCAUCAGUCCAUACGUAGACACUCAUUAGGAGCCUUGGCUACGAUUCCAACCAUGGCCACACCUCUCUAUUUCAUAUAGUCUCCUCUCAUUGGAACACCGCGGUUUCUGCUCAGCUCCGACUCGAGUCACUGCGACGAGUCCAGUGUGUGCGCUAUCGUGGAGUAGCCUGCACUCUGUCAGCCGCCCCGCUCUCCUCAUUCAAAUGAAACUGUCUCACUUCAACCCGGCCGUCAUGACUUGUGCAUGAAUGAAUGUGAAUCACACACCUAAUGUGGGACGGCCUGCACGAAUAGCUGCUCAAACCUGGAAAUUCAGACAAUCCGAAAUAGCUCACUGAGCCUCCCAGACAGUGUUUCUACUGAAAACUGACCGACUGAGAGAACUGCUACUGGGCUAUACUGCAGUUUGCGACACGCAAGAAAGCUUCUCACCUGCACACGGCUUGCAUGACCAUCACGAAGAUGUCAUGGCGUCCCCAGUAUCGCAGCUCCAAGUUUCGGCAUGUGUUCGGUAAGCCCGCCAAUAAAGAGAACUGCUACGAUGGCGUCCCCAUCACCAAGAGCGUCCAGGACAACCAGUUCUGUGCCGUCAACCCCCGGUUCGUCGCCGUGGUCACCGAGUGUGCUGGAGGUGGAGCGUUCCUCGUCCUCACUAUUAAUCAUACAGGAAAGGUGGACCCUCACCACCCACGGGUUUCUGGACACAGGGGAAAUGUUCUGGACAUCAAGUGGAACCCUUUUGAUGACCUCUGCAUCGCCUCCUGCUCGGAGGACUGCACGGUGAAAAUUUGGGACAUUCCAAAGAACGGGGUGCUGAGGAACAUCACCAUACCACAGAAAGAGCUCCAGGGUCACUCCCGAAGGGUGGGGCUCAUCGAGUGGCACCCCACUGCUAACAACAUCCUGUUCAGCUCGGCCUACGACUACAAGGUGAUGGUGUGGAACCUGGACUGCCCGGAGCCGGUGAUUAAGAAUCCAGUGAAGACCAUCAGCUUCCACACAGACGUGGUCCUCUCCAUGUCCUUCAACACCAAUGGCAGCCAGAUGGCUACUUCCUGCAAGGACAAGAAGAUCCGUGUGAUCGACCCCCGGAGUGGGACUCUCCUGCAGGAGGGUAAAAGUAAGUCGCAGAAGGUACACAAAGUGAUGUUCCUUGGAAAUCUGAAGAUGCUCUUCUCUUCGGGAGCUUCCAUGUGGAACAACAGGCACAUUGCCCUUUGGGAUCAGGAGGAUCUCUCGCAGCCUCUGGUAGAAGAGGACCUUGACGGAUCCACAGGAGUUGUGUUUCCGUUCUACGACCCCGACACACACAUGCUCUAUCUUGCUGGAAAGGGAGAGGGGUAUAUCCGCUACUAUGAGAUGAACUCAGAGAAGCCUUACAUGCAGUACCUGAAUGAGUACCGCUCACACCUACCUCAGAAGGGACUGGGUGUCAUGCCAAAGAGAGCUCUGGACGUUAACUCCUGUGAGGUGUUCAAAUUCUACAAACUGGUGUCGGCCAAGAGUGUGAUCGAGCCUCUGUCCAUGAUCGUCCCACGCAGGACAGAGGGCUACCAGGAGGACAUCUAUCCCAUGACUGCGGGGAACAGGCCAGCCCUGAGUGCGGCCGAGUGGCUCAGCGGACAGGACAAAGACCCUGUCCUCAUAUCGCUUAAGCCGGGAUCGAAGCCGGAAGAACUGUACCCGGAGCUCACCUCAGGAAAACUGUCAAAGAAUUCCCUGGACUCCAACUAUACCCAGACUCGCUCCGAGUCCAACACCUUGAACAACAACAUCCCGGACAAGACCCAAAAUGCCUUGUCCAAUGGUCGCGAGCCGUGUUCAACCCCAAAGAACGAUAAUGAGCUGUUGCAGGCGUUUUACCGGCAGCAGGAGGAGAUCUGCUCCCUGAAGGAGGCUCUGGCCCAGAGAGACGUGCGGAUAACGCAGCUGGAGCUGGAGAUCAGGAACCUCCGCAACACCUCCACCCAAAAUCCCCCCCGCACACCUUCCCCUAAUCCCCACCCCGCCUCCACUCUACCUCCCCCAGAACAACUUCCUCUAAACUCUACCCCACCUCCAACGGAACAACUUCCUCUAAACUCCAUCUCCCCUUAAACCACACCCCACCUCCUGAACCCCACCUUACCCAACCUCUACCCAAAAUCCCCUGGCACAACUGUCCCUAAACCCAACCACCAGUGAAAUUUCAACCGUACACCUCCACAGAAACCCCACUCCACCUCCUUCCUAAUCCUCCUACUUCUACCUAAAAAAACCCUGUCCCCCCACCACACUCCCCUCCUCUCCCCAAUCAUUUUGUGUAAGAAAUGAUAUAAGCAAUUUUUUAACGGUUUAGGUUUUCCAUAUUGUUUUUAAGCUUCUGAGCUAUGCAAUUAUUUCUUUUACUAUGCCCCUUUAUUGACAAUUUGUAGGUGCCUGUCUUUAAUGUGUUCAACACCGAGAUCUCUCAAAUAGAGGAUUGGACAGAACAUGCGUAAUUGAACAAAACGUAUUGGUUAGAUGUCGUGAGGAAUUUCCUCAGGAAUUGUGAGGAAAGGGCUGGCAUUCUGAGCGGUGUCUGAAUGGACGGUGGAUGUAUUUAUACUAUAGUGAAAGUGAAUAAUGGGUGUCAUUUAUACUAAGUGGGACAGUCCAGCUCUUACCUGCACUUGCAGAAAUGUUUUUAAGAAAUUGCAGUUAUUUAUUUUUUUUGUUUUUAUAUUUGGAAAGGAAAGCCAAAAAUCAUCAUUGUGAUAUGAAUAAUCACUGCCUUAAGAACAGAUAAUAUACAUUUAAUAUUGGGGUUAAUAUGCUGACUUUUCAGCCGUUUACAAAACCAGAACUGCAGCACACACAAACGCAUACAAGCAGAGUCUUUUACCCACACAUACAGACACGCACACACACACCUUUGAAUGGCACUGCACUUUGGGUAUGUGGGGAACGUAUUGCACCAGGAAUGAGGAAGUUCUGUUUAGCUGUAUCUAUUUUAGUUAUAGUGUACAUCAGCUGUUCUGUGUUUGUUUAGGUGAACGUCACUACAUGAGAGUUAAGGUGAAACCUCCUGGCCUUUUAGCUUUAGCUGGUGGAGGAGUGACAAGGCUAAGGAGGAAGGGUUUUCUAAGUUCAGAGGAUAAUUCAGAUUCAUGUAGAUCACUUGUAGAGUUCUUCACGGUGUGCCGAAGACUACUGUUCACUCGUGUCUCAGGUUCAUUGGGAAAGAGGUUUACCUCAUAGUACUGCGGAGGACGGUGUCUGCUUCACAUUGGCGGCUGUUGUAAAUGGCGUAUGCUGUCUUUUUGCAGAGAACUGAAUUUGAAAAGCUUUUGCAAUGUACAAAUACAAAUAUAACGUACAGAGAAUUCAAUAAAUAUUUUCCUAUCUC